GGCCUUCGAUGGUUUUUUUUUCUUUACAUCCUAACAAAGGCCGUGAAACAAAGCGUGCACACCCCCCCAUCAUCGGACCACUGCCACGUUGGCGAAGGAAUCCCACCUCCCCGCGCUCCCGCCCUGGCCCGGGCCUCCCGGGGAAGCCAUCGGAGGGCGAGUCGCCAAGUUCUGUCCGCUCCCACUGCGCCAGGAGCGGGAUCCGGGGGCCCCGGGAUGUCGCCCCACCGGGAUGUCGCCCCACCCGAGCCAUCGCCCUCCCCGAGAGGGUGCGCGGGCCCAGGCCGCGGCCCAGGGACACCCACCCACCCCCGGAGGCCGCCCGAGAAGGCGACGGCCCUGGGCAGCGGGUCCCGCAAGCCCGGGCCGGGGGUGGGGGGGCGGCCUGCUCCCGCGGCCGCCUCGUGCGCGCCCCUCUCCACCGCUCCCUCCCCGCGUGGCCCGCUCUAGGGCGCCCGGCGGGGCCCGGGCCCGGUUCCCUCGCCUCCCCCGCUUCGAUGGAGGGCCCCCCGAGCGGCCCGCAACCGCCCCGCACCUCGUCCUCCGGGAGCCCCGGCGCCUCCGCCUCUUCGGCUGCCAUGUCCGAGCUCUCACGCUGGACGAACCGCCCCGCCCAGGCUGCAGCGGCGGGAGAGGAAAGCGAGGAGGCGGGCGCUGCGGCUGAGGCCCACCCCGGGGAUCGCGCGCGAGAGAGCUAAGGGAGGUAAAGGCCCUCGUCACCAAGCUUCACAAACAGGGGAGCCCGAUGCCCCACACCCACAUGGAGGAAGGCGAGAGCUGAUUCUGUCCAGCAAGUUGUUCUCUGACCUCCACGCGUACCUACAACAUAAAUAAAAUACAUGCUUUUUACAGAUCCUAUUUCAAUUUCCCCAAAGAAAAUUAAACAAAUUCUGAAUUUA